CAAUGAAAUUGUAGAGCUUUGUAGGUUAUUGAAAUGGUUAUGGACAUAGAUCUUCCGCUUCUAGUUGACAUUGGGUAAUUGGAUUCGGUUUGGAGAGUUUUCGCCGUUUAUAGUCUUUGAUAGAUUUCGUAUUGUACUGCUAUUUUUGUUUGCUAAUGCCUGCUCAUCGAUUCGGAGAAAUGAUGUUAUUCCUACUGUAUUCAAGUGUCUUUACACUUUGCUUGACACGAGGGUUAUGUCUGUUGUGGAUUGUUAUUUCGAGAAACGCGUAUCGCUGGUAUAGGGAGGAUUGGAAGGCAAAUUAUUCUUUUACAUCGUCGUUGUCGUUGUUAAGGGUCUUAGCGAGUGGUAGAGACUUGUGUAUACUGUUUAAAAUGAAGGAUAUGGCUAUCGAAGUAGAGACAUCGAUGAUAUUCUUGAUUUUCGUAAGUUUCGAGGACUUGGAAUGGGAGAAGUUGAUGGAGAUAACGAGAACCCUGCUGUCGGUAAUUAUAAGACGCUGACUCCAGUGGAUACAGACCCGGCGAGACUUUGAGGCUCUGCCUUUAGAUCCCGCUUGCUCCGGA